AUGAAAUAGAUAGUCAUAUUGUUAUUAAUGCUAAGUUUGGCAUUGAGUACAAGUAUUGCAUCACCUAAACUAUUGUUGGAAUUAUAGGCAAGGACUGAAAAUGUAAUAGAUGAUGGUGUUGAUUUAUUGGAAUAACUUCUUGCUACAACAGAAUAGUAAUAUGAGUAGGUGAUUCAAGAGAAUGAAGUUGAAUAAUAAUAAUUAAAAGAUUAAGUGACUUAGAAAGAAUAAUAACUAUAUGAUCUUUAAAAUACUUGUAUGGUAAUGUCUGAUGAUUUGGCUUUAUUGAAACAGUAAAUAGAAUUGCAUGGAGAUGAUACAGAAUACUUUAGAAAUGAAAUAGUAAAAGAUAAUCGUAGAAUUGAAGUACUUGAAGAGCUUCGUUGUUAAUAAAGCAAGAAUUGGUUGAAUUUCAUAAAAUCAAGCAAAUAUAUAAUGAAUUUGAUUGAGUUUUUAAGAAGGGCUAUAUAGAAUUAUGGUUCAUUUGCUGAGAUUCAAAACUUUUCAGUAAUGCUUGAGACUUUAAGUAAAGAGAUAGAUGAUAAUGAAUUAUUGAAUUCACUUUAAGCAGUAAGUAAAUCAAGAGCAAUAACUCCUGUAAGAUAAGAAUUACUUUAACUACUAGAUUAAAUUGAGGAAUCAAUAAAAGCAAAGAUUAAUACAAGUUAGACAGAUGAAGUAAAUAAUAAUAAAAUAAUAAUAGAUUUUAUCAACAUCAAGAAUUGCUGAUUAUUUACAUUAACUCAAAUAGGAAAUAGCAUGGUAUGAGAAUGAAGUAUAAAAACUUAAUGAAGCUUGGGGAGAAUCACCAGAGGAAACAGUAAAAUAGAGAUAAAAAGAAUUAGAUGUUUGUGAAAGUGGUAUUAAUGCAAAGAUUGAAGAAACAAAGGAAUUUAGAAAUCAUGUAAGUGAAUAAAUAAUUCAUAAUGAAUCAAGAUAAGCUCGUUUCUUAGAAUAGAAAGAUUUAGUUGCUUAAUUAGUAGUUGAAUAUUAGAAUGCUUUCAAUAAAAUAGGAGAAACAUAUAAAAUAAGAAUAGAUGAUUUUGUAGAAGAUGGAGUUUUUGAUAAGACCGUUGAUUUCGAUAAAAGGUAUUAAAAUUGUAGUAUAUAACAAAUUAGAUCCUUAACUGAUCUUUAUGGUGAUAAAGAAGACACAUUCUAAUAAUAUGUAGAUGAUUUAGUGAAUGGAGUUGCUACACCAAUUGAUGUUCCAGUAGUAGAAGAAGAACCCGAAGUAGGAAGUGAAGAAUCAGGAAGUGAGGAAUCAGAAGAAGUAGGAAGUGAAGAAGAUUAAGAAGAAGGAGUUGAAACUAUUACUUAAGAUAGUGUUGUUGAAACAACUACUGAAGAUACUGAAGAAACAGUUGAAACUGUAACAGAAUCAGAAGUCGAAACUACAGAAGAAACCAAUUAUUUUGAAUAAGGGGAAGUUGAACAAUCUGUUUGAUU